AUGAACACCAUCGUCUUCAAUAAACUCGGCGGCGCCGUGCUGUUCGAGGAGCGAGGCGCUCUGGAGCGGGAGCGGGGCGGCCGGCCCUACGGAGGCGGCGGCGUCCUGGACAGUCCCCACGACCGCCCCGAGGUGGGCCUUCCCGACGGCCCGCCCCUCAAGGACAACCUUGGCCUGCGACACCAGAGGACCGGGUCCCGGCAGAAUGGCGGGAAGGUGAGACACAAGCGGCAAGCCCUGCAAGACAUGGCGCGGCCCCUGAAGCAGUGGCUUUACAAGCACCGCGACAACCCGUACCCCACCAAGACCGAGAAGAUUCUCCUGGCCCUCGGUUCUCAGAUGACACUGGUGCAGGUGUCAAAUUGGUUUGCAAACGCAAGACGUCGCCUUAAGAACACUGUUCGGCAGCCCGAUCUGAGCUGGGCUUUAAGAAUAAAGCUGUACAACAAGUACGUGCAAGGGAACGCCGAGCGGCUCAGCGUGAGCAGCGAUGAUUCGUGUUCUGAAGAUGGGGAAAAUCCUCCCAGAGACCACAUGAACGAAGGCGUGUAUCCUGCUCCAGUUCAUCACACUGCGGCCAAAAGCGAGAGCUCAGCCGUAAAAGCUGGGGUGAGGCCAGAGUCAGGGGCCAGCGAGGACUACGUGUCACCCCCAAAAUACAAGAGCAGCUUGUUGAACCGCUACCUUAACGACUCUUUGAGACACGUUAUGGCCACGAACACCACCAGGGUGGGGAAAACAAGGCAGAGGAACCACUCAGGAUCUUUUAGCUCCAACGAAUUUGAGGAAGAGCUGGUGUCUCCAUCGUCAUCGUCAGAAACAGAGGGCAACUUUGUCUACCGCACAGACACUCCAGAAAAUGGAUCCAACUAGGGUGACGGCGCAGCUAACAGAACGCGGCCGAGCAAGGACGACACGUAUUGGAAGGAGAUCAAUGCAGCCAUGGCUCUCACAAACCUGGCCCAAGGGAAGGACACUCUGCAAGGGACCGCCAGCUGCAUCAUCCAGAAGUCAUCCCAUAUAGCGGAAGUCAAGACGGUCAGGGUCCCCCUGGUGCCGCAGUUCUAAGGGCUUGUCACUCUCAGAUCCUAUCCCUGCCUUCUCUGCCGUCCUUGUCCUUAAGAGCCGAA